AUCAUUCCACCAUGGGGACAUAGAUUGGCUUACUAUCGCCUAAGAAGUCUAUUAUUACCUGUAUGGAUCACAUCGGAUAUGCGUUCACCAACUCCCUAUUUUAAUCAGAACUACGCUCGCCAUCUCUAUGCCCGGGGUCAUGGCGCUCCAGGCUUCGGGCGGUUCGCCAAGGUUGCCAUUGUCGGAACUGGUGUCUACUUUGUCUCCAAGAAGUUGUUCCAGUAUUCAAUGGCAUGUCCGUCCUCAGAAUCCACAAUCAAAUGUGGCUUGAGCUAUUGGUUACUUGAACUCGAUGGCGCUAGCGGAGGAAGAACCAUUAGAGUUCGGAUCUGCAGGUUAAAACAUUUAGUGUCCGGACUACAGGUUUCUUGUAAUAGAUGUUUUGCAAUAAUUUGGGAUCGUCGUUCAAUGAUAUCCAUUGUUACCCUAACAAAUGUAUGGAUUUGCAUAGUGUCAAAGACAUGGUUUGAUUGUUCAUUUAGCAAUCAAAAGGUAUCAAACUGCCAAGAGCAAACAGAUCUAUAGAUCACUCUAUCGGACAUAACAUCAACACGCAAAUGACCAUAAUACAUCUCGAGGCUGCUCAACAACCACGCGUUAAUUAUGAACAAGUGCUUCCUCUUCCCUCUCCUUGGACCAUAGCCAAGAGUCUUUGAAAAGAGCCACAAUAAGCACCAAGU